CUUCACUCUAAAACUUGUUUUGAGAUAAUUUUGUAUUUAAAUGUAAUUAACAAUUUUUCCAAUUCUAUAUAGUACAUUUUCCCAGAAACAAUUCAUUGUUGCAUGGUGUUAUUGAUUUUGGACUCUAAGGGACGCUGUUGGUCAAUCCAACAUAAUCUUUGAAACAUUAACACACAGUCCCCUCCCUUGCUUCUCUGGCCUAUGAGAGAAAAGGAGAUAGUGUGCAUUAUGUGGGCUGACAGACAGAAAACAGACUCACAUGAACCGAUACAUCCGUUUAGAUAUUAUCUGUAAAAACAAUACAGUUUUUCCUUAGUGCUUCGUGAGUUUUAUUUUUCAAAAUAAGUGUCGUCCUUGGAUCGUUGUAAGGCAUUUUUUUUCGUGUUUUCAUUUAUUAUGGCAUGUGGAAUACGACCCUAUACCCGGUGCGAAAAAUGGCGUUUUGGCUGCGGACAGAACUGGCAUUUACUGCUGGUCCUUUUUUAUUUAAUUUGUAUGGUCAACGGACAUAUCCGAUAUUCAAUACCAGAGGAGAUGAAGAAAGGUUCCCUAGUCGGUAAUGUAGCACAGGAUCUUGGUUUGGAUCUGAAAAGGCUUCGUUCCGGUCGGGCCCGUAUCGUGACCGAAGAGAGCAUCCAGUACACCGAGCUGAAGACAGACAAAGGGAUUUUAGUCGUCAAUGAUAGAAUUGACCGAGAGCAGCUUUGUGGAGACGUGACACCGUGUAGUUUCAGCUUUGAGGUGAUUUUAGAAAACCCGAUGGAGCUAUAUCAAAUUACAGUUGAAAUAACAGACAUAAAUGAUCAUUCGCCCACGUUUAAAAGAAACAGCAUCCAUUUUGAAAUCAGUGAAUCCGCUAAUACUGGAUCUCGAUUUCCACUGACUAGUGCAGAAGAUCCAGAUGUGGGUGUUAAUGGACUCAGAGAAUAUUUUUUGACCGAGAAUGACAAUUUUGUUUUAAAACAAAACUCAAAUGCAGAUGGAAAGAAAUACGCAGAGAUGGUUCUUCAGAAGCCAUUAGACAGAGAGACAAAUCCUCAUCUGUCUCUAAAGCUGAUAGCUGUAGACGGUGGAAGUCCGCAGAGAUCUGGUACAGUAAAUAUAGAUGUGACUGUUCUUGAUAUCAAUGACAAUGCACCUGUAUUUAAUCAAUCUGUGUACAAAGCUACAGUGAUGGAAAAUUCUCCCAGAGAUACUUACGUUACCACUGUUAAUGCCAGUGACGCAGACAUCGGGUCAAACAGUAUUGUUACGUAUUAUUUUUCAGAUCUGAACAGUGGUCUAAGUGAUUUGUUUAGAAUUGAUGAAAAAACUGGCGUCAUUUCAAUAACAGGCUCUAUUGAUUAUGAAAAAGACAAAAAAUAUGAACUUAGAAUAGAAGGAAAAGAUCAAGGAGGUUUGACAGAUUCAAGUAAAGUGAUAAUUGAAGUUACUGAUGUGAAUGACAACGCCCCUACUAUUAGCGUCAUGUCGUUCACUAGUCCUGUGUCAGAGGACUCCCCUCCCGGUACAACAAUUGGCAUUAUAAAUGUAAAAGAUCUCGAUUCAAGUGAUAACGGACAAGUAAAUUGUAGAAUAGAACAAAACGCACCUUUCAAAAUAAAAUCCAAUUUAAGAAAUUACUAUACAUUGGUGACUGAUAUUGUAUUAGACCGUGAAAGUGUUUCAGACUAUAACAUCACUGUUGUUGCGACAGAUGCAGGAAUGCCUCCUCUGUCAACAAAAAGAACCUUUCAUUUAAAGGUCUCUGAUGUGAACGAUAAUGCCCCGGUUUUUCCACGAGGUGUUUACAGCGCAUUUAUUCCAGAGAAUAACUCUCCAGGCGUUUCUGUUCUCACUGUGAGAGCUAAAGAUCCUGAUGAAAACCAAAACGCCCGAAUAUCGUAUAUUUUGGAAGAUACUAAUACCGGUGGAUCUCCAGUUUCUGAGUAUGUUUCUAUAAAUGCAGAAAGUGGAGUGAUACAUGCAGUUCGCUCGUUUGAUUAUGAGCAAAUCAAACAGCUGGUUUUCAUUGUCAAAGCGCAGGAUGGAGGUUCACCUCCACUCAGUAGCAAUGUGACUGUUAAAAUACUGAUCCACGACCAGAACGACAACCCUCCUCAGGUUCUGUACCCAGUCCAGACUGGUGGCUCUCUGGUAGCUGAAAUGGUGCCUCGUUCAGCAGAUGUGGGCUAUCUGGUGACUAAAGUGGUGGCUGUUGAUGUGGACUCUGGACAGAAUGCCUGGCUCUCCUAUAAACUGCAGAAAGCCACAGACAGGGCGCUGUUUGAAGUUGGCUUACAGAAUGGAGAAAUAAGAACUAUCCGCCAAGUGACUGAUAAAGAUGCAGUGAAACAAAGACUGACUGUUAUAGUGGAGGACAACGGGCAGCCCUCUCGUUCAGCUACAGUCAUUGUUAACGUGGCGGUGGCGGACAGCUUCCCUGAAGUGCUGUCGGAGUUCACUGACUUUACACAGGACAAGGAAUACAAUGACAACCUGACUUUUUACUUAGUGUUGGCUCUGGCUGUAGUUUCCUUCCUCUUCAUCACGUGUUUAGUGUUUAUUAUAUCAGUGAAAAUCUACAGAUGGAGACAGUCUCGCAUCCUGUAUCACUCCAAUCUCCCUGUGAUUCCAUAUUAUCCACCACGUUACUCAGACACUUUGGGGACAGGGACUCUCCAACACGUGUACAAUUACGAGGUGUGCAGGACGACUGACUCCAGAAAGAGUGACUGUAAGUUCGGCAGAGCUGGUAGUCAGAACGUGCUGAUAAUGGACCCCAGUUCUACAGGGACGAUGCAGCGGUUACAGAAUGAAAAGAGCAUCCUGGAUGAACCAGACUCUCCUCUAGAGGUGAGGUGCAAGACGCAACUUGUUUAUUUUUGGAAUCUUUUUUUUGUCUGAACUGAAAUUAAAUUGCAAUGAGUCGUUGGAUGUAGUUUAACCCCACAACAAGUGAGCGCGAUGUUUUUCAGUACCACAGUGCGGACAGCUCCUCUUUAAUAUACAAUACUUCCUGUUUGAUAACUUUCCAUUUCCAACAUAACUUCUAAUGAGAAAUUCACCUUAUACUAUUUACUGUAUAAUAGUAAUAACAAUAAUUAUCAUUAUAACAACAACAAAACCAAUUUUCAUUAUUAUCAAAACAUGUACCUACUGGCAAGGCUCUCAAAAUUUGCAUAUGUAUUUUUAUUUAUUUAAUCUGUCCGUGAUAAUACACACAUCAGUGUUUAUCCUUUUCCCCUCGGUUUGGAUGUUUAUUAUGCUCUUUCAAGCUUUUCGCUGUGUUGUGGUACACACUUUGGACUCUAAGUGACGCUGUUGAACAAGAAUAUAAUGUGUAAUCAACAACCUCCCUGUUGCAGUUCAGUGACGUUCUUUGUGAGAUCACACUGAAGUAGUCUUAGAGGCAUCAUCAGUAAACGCAUAUAUCUUGGAUGAGAAAUACUUUUUGGACUCUGGUUGCUUUGUUGUUUUGUUUUUUUAAAUAAUAUCUUAACCACGCAGUUCUGGAGGACUUUAUAUUACUGGAUGCAGAUCCGAAGAUCACGGUUCCUUUUUCCCUGAAAAUUUCCCAUUCUGACAUGGCGUAUCAGCAGCUGCUCUGCAAAUGGCGUUUGUAUUUCGGAUUCCAACCGGCAAUGGUAAUUUUUUUGCUUUUCUUCUUUAAAAUCGUAGCUGGUCAGAUCCGCUACUCAGUACCGGAGGAGAUGAAGAAGGGUUCUCUUAUCGGUAAUGUAGCACAGGAUCUUGGUUUGGAUCUGAAAAGGCUUCAUUCUGGUCGAGCCCGUAUCGUCACCGGAGAGAACAAUCAGUACACUGAGCUGAAAACAGACAAAGGCAUUUUAGUCGUCAAUGAAAGAAUAGACCGUGAGCAGCUUUGUGGAGACGUGACACCGUGCAGUUUCAGCUUUGAAAUGAUUUUAGAAAAUCCCAUGGAGCUACACCACGUAACGAUUGAAGUGUUAGAUGUGAAUGAUCAUCCUCCCGUUUUCAAGAAGUCAGAUAUUAUGUUAGAUAUAAGCGAGUCCGCUAACAUUGGGGCGCGAUUUGUGCUGGACAGUGCAGAGGAUCCUGAUGUCGGCGUCAAUGGCCUGCAAAAUUAUGUUUUAACCUCAAACGACAAUUUCGUUUUGAAGCAACAUGUAAAUCCAGACGGGAGUAAAUAUGCAGAGAUAGUGCUUCAGAAACAGUUAGACAGAGAAAAGGUUCCCAGUCUCUCUUUGAAGCUUAUAGCAGUAGAUGGUGGAAAUCCACAGAGAUCUGGAACCGUAAAUAUAAACAUAGUAGUUUUAGAUGCCAAUGACAAUGCGCCCGUUUUCAAUCAGUCUGUUUAUAAGGCCACGGUGAUAGAAAACGCAGCAAAGGGGACUAAAAUCGUUACUGUUAAUGCUACAGACGUAGAUAGUGGGUCGAAUGGUUACAUCACAUAUUCAAUUUCAAAUGUGAAGAGCAAUAUAGCUGACUUAUUGUCCAUAGAUCAGGUCUCUGGUGUGUUGUCUGUUUCGGGCCCAAUAGAUUUUGAGAGGGAUAAGAAAUAUGAGCUCAGAAUUGAUGCAAAGGAUCAGGGAGGUUUAACGGAUUCAAGUAAAGUGAUAAUUGAAGUUACUGAUGUGAAUGACAACGCCCCUACUAUUAGCGUCAUGUCGUUCACUAGUCCUGUGUCAGAGGACUCCCCUCCCGGUACAACUAUUGGCAUUAUAAAUGUAAAGGAUCUCGAUUCAAGUGAUAACGGACAAGUAAACUGUAGAAUAGAACAAAACGCACCUUUCAAAAUCAAAUCAAAUUUAAGAAAUUACUAUACAUUGGUGACUGAUACUGUAUUAGAUCGUGAAAGUGUUUCAGACUAUAACAUCACUGUUGUUGCGACAGAUGCAGGAAUGCCUCCUCUCUCCACAAAAAGAACCUUUCAUUUAAAGGUCUCUGAUGUGAACGAUAACUCUCCAGUGUUUUCACAAGGUGUUUACAGCGCUUUUAUUGCGGAGAAUAACUCUCCAGGCGUUUCUCUUGUCACUGUGAGAGCUAAAGAUCCUGAUGAAAACCAAAACGCUCGCAUAUCGUAUAUUCUGGAGGAUUCUGAUCUUGACGGAUCUCCAGUUUCUCAGUCUGUGUCUGUAAAUGCAGAAAGUGGAGUGAUACAUGCAGUUCGCUCGUUUGAUUAUGAGCAAGUUAAACAAUUGGUUUUCGUCGUCA